AUGACAUUAAAAUUUGCACUUAAUCAAACACGGAAAGUAUUAAGUGUUUGUGAAAAGAAUCCAAUUGAUGAACAUCCAUUAAAUUAUGAUGAAUAUAAUUCAUUUAAUAUUUGUGCAGCAUCCAAUGUACCACAUUUAUCGGUAAGAAAUUUAAAAAUGAAAUCGAAUUUAAUUUAAAGUAAUCUUUAAUUCUUGUUUAGUGAAAAUCCAUUAUCCGGUGCAGCCUAUUUAUCGGAAUUUAUAGGACAAUUAUAUCGAGUUACAAAAGCGACUGAAAUUGGAAUUCUAAUUCUAUUAUCAUUAUUAUUAACUUUUAAUGCAUAUAUUUAUCAUUUUGAAAAAGUAACUUAUCAUAAGUUCACUUCAGUAGCCACUGAAAUUCUAUGAUAAUGUAUGAAUAAAUAAUCUCAAUUUAUGAAACGAUAUCAAUGCAAUUGAGUACUUUAUAAUUGUUUCAGAAAUUUUAGCGACAUGAUUUCAUUUGAUAUUUGACCUUUGCAAUAUCUCGAUUGAUUCACUCAAUUGGUAACCUACACGCAUCUAUUCAAUAUUCAUAUCGGCAGCUUUUUCUUGCUCAACUUUACUAAACAUAUUGAAAUUCAAAACAAUUGAUUCAAUUUACAAUAAAUGAUUAUUCACAUCAAGAGAAUAAAGAAUUUUGAUUCAUUAUCAGACUGUUGAAAGUGUUGUAAAUAACAUUGAUAUGUAUUAUAUUCACUAAUAAUGAUCUAGUUAUGCAAACAUUACACUAUAUAAUUAAGUCAUUAAUAAGACUAAAACAUAAUUAAAUGUCUAAAGAUAUACAUUUUUUUUUAUAGAUUUCUUCAUAUUUAAAUAAAAAUAAAAAUGAAUAUUCAAUGGUUUAUUUUUCUCAAUUGAAAAACUCUUCGUUAAUUUCGAUCGACUUUUCUCCUGUUUCUCAACGACAGACCUUUUAUAAUUAUAACAAUGAAACGAGAAACAACACCAUCUGGAAGAUAUGUUAUUGAAAAACAAAUUCAAUAAUCAUCAAAUCAAAAUGAAAAUAACAAAGCUGAAACAAUGAGUAAAAUAUGUGGAGAUAAACAUCAUACAACAGUAAGACAAUAUGGUAAAAUAAUUUGAGAAUAUGGAAAUGCAACAAUAGAUGAAUUAGAUCGAAUUGAUUCAUCAUUGAAUGAUAAUAAUGAUCAACUAAUUAUUGGCAAGGAGAGACGAAAGAAAAUAUUAUUCAAGUUUGUCUUUAUUUUGAAAAAAAAACAUAUAGUUGUCUCGCUGCUUUUUUACUUGAUAUAUUCUAUUGUUUCCGCUUUGUCAAAACUGAUUGUCUUUUCCGAUUGAAAAUAAACUUGUCGACAACAUCAUCAUUUUCCUCAACAACUACAGAAGAAAAAAGAAAAAAAGGUGUCAAUUCAGAUCGGACGAGCAUUCGAUAGCUUAUAAACAACUAGACAAAAACUUUUUUUUCUCUAAUCUUCAUUUACGAUUCACUCACACAUUAGAAUAUCGAUUUAAUCUUGAGGGUGUAGGUGUGGAUGUGUAUCUUUUCUUCUGUCACUAGUAUACUCACACCCCACACUCACCCAAGUAUCAAUUGCUAUUUUACAUGAAAAUAUCGAUGAAAAAUAACUUGUAAAGAAUUUUCUAUUUUGUUUAGACAACAUGUCAUAUGUAAAGAAAUGAAUUUUCAAUAUAUCCUGCUUAACCAUUAC